AUGACGGCUCUCUCAGGUUUGUCUGAUGCCCAUCUGGUUUUGCUAGCGGUCGAAUUGUGCACACAUGGAGAUAUCUCGCAACUCCCUGAUCUGCUCCGUCAUUUCCGCAACCCGCCCUCUCUCGACGUUGUUCUCCGCAUUAUCUUGACCUUUUUACCGGAAAGCGUUGAGCCAGAUCGCUAUACUACCGUCAUCAAUGGCCUCUAUCUUGAAUCGUCAGCCGCAGCCACGGAGCUAGACAUAGAUACAUCCACAAUCGCAGAGUUGUCUCCCGCUGAAGCUAGAAAGCAAGUCAGAAAGCUACGACUCCUACCUCUUCGAUACCCCGGGCUUUCGAAUGACCCUACAAUCACGCCUCUGACUCAUUUCCUUAUCCAUCGAGCGUACAGAAUAGACAACGAGUUUGGCGUGCAGACGUUUGUCCUUGCCUUGAUCAAGCCGUUUGUCCACACAUCAGAUUACCUCCGCAACUGGGUUAUAGCUACGAUACUUCCGUUGAUUCGGUUCAAUUACGAAUACCACCCUGAUAUGGAGGGAGCACUUUCUCUGGAGCUCCUCGAAUCACUUAAUAGUAAAAGCGCUGUCAAUACUCUCCUUUCUCGCGCAGACCGACGCGAAAAUGGCGGCAACGUAGACCGGGAUAUACGAGGCCUGAUCGGACCGUGGAUCUAUGGACAGGGCAAAUCAAAAAGGCGAAAGCUGAAUGGAGACACUGUAGCAUUUCGAGCUCCGGACAAGGGCUGUUGUGCAGGCUGGCAGGAUGUUAAUGAAUGGUUGCUCUCUACAGCCGUACGGGACUUUGAGUUGGCGGUUGAAGCAGUGAUUCGGUGGGCUGGUCCCAGAGAUGUCGACUUGGGUGGAUAUGAAGAUACGGAAAUGGCCGUGUCGACGGACACGGAGCAGAAACUGGCUUUCGCCUAUGGCCAAGCCGCCAUUGCGGCGGUGUAUACAGUUUCAGAAUGCAAUAAAAAUACUUUCGAAGGUUCCUGUCGCAUUCUAGCGAGAAUUGCGGCUCUUCUAGGGAUUGAAGGACAUUCAACUCUACUAGUACAUGGUGACGAACUACUCCCGAUUGCUCCAAAUACAAUCUGCUCCAACGCCUGCCGCCGAAAUCUCCUUCACAACCUUUUGCUUGAUACGCCUAAUUGCCUUACCUAUCCGUCACGCGAGUCUAUUACGUUUUUAGACGGUGUUCUAGUUUCCAUUCGCACAUUGAAUGACUUUGGUCACUUCAUCACACCCAGGCAUGUUGCGGAAAUAUCACUCUUUGGGGAUGAAAAUGCCCAACUUUAUGAAUUGCAUGAAGUGCUUGGGAUAUUAAAAGGGAAUUCCAAACAGUCACGCAAUUGGGAAUAUGAGGCCGCCAUAUCUACCUACGUUACUCCGUCCUCUCCUCUUUCCUCCGAGGAAGUAGAAAAUGCCGUGACUAACGCCAUUUUUAUGGCUUAUGAUAAUGCAUCGAAUGGAAACAGAACUAGAGGUGGAAUAAAACAUGCCACAGAAAUACUCGAGUCAUUCAUUCCUCAUUUUCCGAGCUCUAUAGCAUUUCAACAAAUACAAUCCCUGAUAUCUGCAACUCAUGCCCUAUCCUUCUAUUCUCUUACCCUCCAGCAUGGCGUUCCGUUUCAACCUGUGAGCAUUCGCGUGCACCAGGACCCACUAUCGUUGAUAGAACGAGUACUGGAACAAAACGCAAAAGCUUACACUGAACUGGACAAUCUUCUAAGAAUUGGCCGCGAUCUGAUCUCUGCCGGGCUUCCAAAUGGCCUACAAGAGGAUGACCUUCCCAAUACAGAUAUAUCCGCUCUAUCUUUCGAGCAGAUCCAGCUGGUUUCUGCUCACAGAGUUACAUCCCUAGCUAUAUCAUGUGCCCUUACUGCAAAUGAUUUCGACACAGCGUACUCAUAUAUCACCACACGACUAGCUCACAAUACCCAAUUCCUGGGCUCAGUGGAUUCAGGCCCCAUCGUCGAAGACAGCCUCUCCUGGCGGGCGGCAUACAAUGCAGGACGCCACCGACCAACAACCUCAGGUGCUGAAAACGCAUCUCUGCAAUCCCGUAUCUCUCGGCUCUCCCAGCAAAUGGAGCUCCUCUCUCUUGCCCUCGUUCUCUCUCCUUCGCCAGACAACCUACCAGAAAUCCUCGCCGUCUGGCGUCGCUCCGAUGAAGAAAUGAACACGCUUCAAACCAAAGAACAAGAGGAAGCAGAAGCCUGGGACGCCCAAGGCGAUCAAACCAGCAUGUCCUCCGCCCCCGGCGCUUUCGGCCCCUCAGACGCUGAACUCGACGCCAUUGACACGCAGCGAGAACGCGCCAGACGGCUACGUACCUCGCGUAACCUUCAGCGUCGACACCGGAGGGAUUACGAAGAAGCACCCAUGGGCCUGUUCGAUGUCGCCCGCGGUGCCGCUCGGGCGAUUAGCAAGAAUGCAUUCCCUCUCGCCUCCGCGUCGACCCCGGCUACGUCUUCGCUGCCGAGGCCCGCCAGUGCAACGUCGAGUCGACCCCGGCAGAGUAUCGAGGUGCCCGGGGACGAGUGGGGAUGGCAUGAUGGGUCCAAUACCCCUUCAGAAGCUGGCGAUGGGAGUAGAGUCAGGAAGAGAGACGUGGUAAGCAAUAUGGUUACAGGAGGACUUGUUAGCGGGCUGGGAUGGGUGCUGGGAGCGCAGCCGGUGAAUCAGAAUACCAAGUAA